GGGAGAGCUUGGUGAGGUUGGUGGAGUUCGCGAAGGGGGUGGUUCCUUCAGAUCUGUGGGCGGAGACGGAGAUUCGAUUGAUGGGGACGGCCGGAUUGAGACUGGUCGAUGGCGGGGCAAGGGAGAAGAUCUUGGACAGCUGCAGGAGGGUUUUGAGGGUUUCUGGAUUCCUGUUCGAGGAUGAUUGGGCUACUGUUAUUACAGGAGUUGAUGAGGGUAUUUAUGCUUGGAUUGCUGCAAAUUAUGCUCUUGGUACUCUAGGAGGAGAUCCUCAAAAAACCACUGGGAUAUUUGAACUCGGUGGGGCUUCUGCUCAGGUAACAUUUGUUUCAAGCGAGCCUCUGCCUCCUGAGUUCUCACAUGUUCUUGAAUUUGGGGAAGUAAAGUAUAAUCUAUAUAGCCACAGUUUUCUUCAUCUUGGACAGAAUGUGGCACAUGAGUCACUGCAGGAGUUGCUCAGUCCAAAAGACCUACAAACAUCUGCUAAUCUUGUCCAGCCUGCCACCUUUAAAGAUCCCUGCACUCCUAGAGGUUAUUUGCACGAUGGGGAACCAUUGACGCUUUCUGAUAGUGCUCUCAGUUUGAAGAUGAACUACCGCCCUAUUGCACAUGCAGUUGGUAACUUUUCAGAAUGUAGGUCUGCUGCCCUGAUGUUGCUACAGAGAGGAAAAGAUAAAUGCAUGUACUCAAGCUGCCUCUUGGGAUCAGGUUUCAUACCUAAUCUGCAAGGCAGAUUCAUAGCCACCGAAAAUUUCUUUUAUACUUCAAGGUUCUUCGGGUUGGGUUCAGCAUCAUUUCUUUCUGAUUUGGUAUUAGCUGGUGAACGAUUUUGUGAGGAAGAUUGGUCAGAGCUAACAAAGAGGUACCCUACUCUGGAAAAGGAAGAAUUAUUGCGUUAUUGUUUCUCUUCCGCAUACAUUGUUGCGUUGCUUCAUGACAGUCUUGGAAUUGCCAUGAAUGAUAGACGGAUUCAAUUUGCAAAUCAAGUGGGCGAUGUACCUCUUGAUUGGGCAUUAGGAGCCUUUAUCAUGCAGAAGACAUCGAAUCAGAGCAAUGCUGAGUCAUCUGGCUUGCUGACCAAUUUUUUCGGCGAAGACUCAUCAGUCUAUCUUCCCCUGGUCAUUGGUUUCAUGAUUCUGAUUUUUGCAGUAUGGUCCCUGUCCAGAUGGAGAAAACCCCAGUCCAAGAUGAUAUAUGAUUUGGAGAAAGGGCGUUAUAUCACUAAACGCAUCCUAAAGAGGUGAUAUUAAACGCAUCUCUAAGAGGUGAUAUUUGCUCGUGGGUUUGCGUUUUUCCCACACAGCCCCAGUCAUUUUCAAUUAUUUACACUUAUUAUUUUUGUGCUGACUUUUCCAUGGUAUCUUAAACAAAUGCGAUAUGUCUCAAUAAUGGAAGAGAACAGCUAGUGGGGGUUUGAGGAAGCUCCGUGUUGUAUUCUGUAUCAUAUUCCUUGAUUACUAGAGCUUAUUGGAACCAGGAAACCGCGUUGCGAAACAUGAUUUUGAUGGCAUUUUUGUAAACACUGCAACGUAUAACGAAUGAACUUAAUGAAUUACAGAAAUGAAUCCCCGAAGCGGUUGUAUUCUGCUUUU